AUGAAGACCCUUCAUUCCAUUUUAGCUCUGACCAGUGCAGCAGUCCUUAGCUUGACUCUGUCUUUCGAAUGGUGCAAACAGCGUCAGCGCUCUUGGGACGCACGAAUGCAAACCCUGCGCAUGCACUUGCUUGAAUCGGAUGAGAACGGCUGUUGCACUCAGUUGCAGUCCUGGGAGGAGUUGCCACGUAUCGUCCAGCGCUUUUUGGAUGGCAUUGCCACUUUAUCAACUUCUCCAUCCAGAGAGGAUGAUUCCACUGUCGACUCAUCCAACAUGAGCUGUAGCAGCUCAUCAAUCACAUCCAAAAUUCGGUCUUUGACCAUUCAACAGGAAGGCUUCUUUUCCUUGCAGAAUGCAUGGUUGCCCUUCACAGCUUAUCAAUUCGUAUCCGCGCUUGCUCGGAAACCAGGUUUCGUGUGGGAAGCCAGAAUUGCUCCGAAAGCCCUCCCGCGAGGAUUUCAGUGGCCAAGGGUCCGUGUAUGCGAUGCCUGGUCAAAUGGAAGGGGCCAUUUGGAAGCGUCCCUGGCGGGCAUUAUCACCGUGGCGAGUAUGACGGAGCCGGACGAAGUGCUCUUGCAAGGAGAAAUGUUACGUUGGCUCGCGGAAGCACCAUUGAUCCCGACCGUGUUGCAUCCCAGCACUGGUAUCGUUUUUUGGCACACAGUGCCGAACGAACCUCUACAGGCCAUGCUGUCGAUGAAAGAUCCCUAUACAUCCCUGCAAGUAUCGCUUACCGCCACCUUUGACGAAAAACUCGGUCGUAUGACAACAAUUCAGGGACUUCGGCCCAAAGCAUGCGCAAACGGUAGCGGCUCCUUCGAAUUGGCUCCCUGGAUUGGGCAUUUUUACAACUACACGUGGCAAGAGUCAGUACACUUCUUCGUUCCAACCCACAUGGAAUGUGGGUGGAUUGUCGACGGUAUUGAAGAACUCUAUUUCAAGGGCGACAACGUUGAGCUUAACUACAAUGUAGAAACUCUGAGACUGGAACAAAUCAAUUCCAGGCAGUCACAGUAA